UCGGAAAAGGUGGUUUGUCUGUAUACAACGAAAUGGAGACUCUGCUGGAACAGCAGCGUCGCUAUCAUGAAGAACGAGAAAGGCUUACCGAUGCGAUGACCAAAGAAAUGUUACAUCCUGCUAAACCGGGAAGAGAACAAAUCAAUUCUGAUCACAGACUGAGACAGUUACUCGACAGAUAUCAAGAAGGAACAACAGAACUGAAAGAGCUUUAUGAAGAUAAGGAUGGACUAAGAAAAGAGGAAGUACAAGCUUUAUCAGGACCAAAUGAGUUUGCAGAAUUUUACUCCAGAUUAAAGGGAUUAAGAGACUUUCACAGAAAACAUCCAAAUGAGAUAAGUAUACCUAUGUCGGUAGAGUUUGAUGAACUAGCGAAAGCCAGAGACAACCCUUCAGACGAGGCACAGAACAUGGCUGAAUUUGCUGAUGAAGAAGGUUAUGGCAAAUAUCUUGAUCUACAUGAGUGUUAUGAGAAAUAUAUCAACCUUAAAGGCAUUGAGAAAGUAGAUUACCUGACAUAUAUGACAACGUUUGACCAGUUGUUUGAAAUUCCAAAAGACAAGAAGAAUGCUGCAUAUAAAGAAUAUCUGUUGUUUCUGUUGGAGUACCUAGAAGAUUACACACAGCGGGUGCGGCCUUUACUGGAUAUUGGAGAUGAAAUGGACAAUGUGAAGCUUGAGUUUGAAGCACAAUGGACUGAUGGUACCUUUCCAGGCUGGCCUAAAGAAGCAACGGGUGCAUUGGCCCAUACUGGUGCUCAUUUAGACCUGUCUGCCUUUUCUUCCUGGGAGGAAUUGGCUUCCUUGGGAUUGGACAGACUGAAGAGUGCUUUGAUGGCGUUAGGAGUCAAAUGUGGCGGUACUUUAGAGGAACGUGCAAUCAGGUUAUUCAGCACAAAAGGCAAGAAUUUAGAAGAUCUUGACCCAGCAUUGUUUGCAAAGUCCAAACCUGGUCGGGCAGGCAAAAGUCGAGACACAGAACGACAGAGGGAGAUAGCAAACUUGGAAGGCCAGGUGUAUCGGUUCGCAGAAAUACUUAGUGAACAGAGAUCAUCCACACGUGACAAUGUGCAGAGGAAACAAGCAAGGACCGGAGAAGAGAGGGAGGAGUCGGAUGAUGAACAGUAUGCAGAGUCAGAUUCCGACAACGAUGAUGAUGAUGUGCCAUACAACCCCAAAAAUCUGCCACUUGGUUGGGAUGGAAAGCCUAUUCCAUACUGGUUGUACAAGUUACAUGGCCUAAACAUCAGUUACACCUGUGAGAUUUGUGGAAACUUCACAUACAAAGGACCGAAGGCAUUCCAGAGACAUUUUGCUGAAUGGCGUCAUGCUCAUGGAAUGAGAUGUCUUGGAAUCCCGAACACAGCUCACUUUGCCAAUGUCACACUGAUAGAGGAUGCCUUAGCAUUAUGGUCAAAAAUCAAGUCAACAAAGGAAACAGACAGAUGGAAGUCCGAAACAGAGGAAGAAUAUGAAGAUACGAGUGGAAAUGUGUUCAACAAGAAGACAUACGAGGAUUUGAAGAGACAAGGCUUAUUAUAGUCGUUUGGAUGACUGGGAGAGUUUAUUUUUGAACUGUCGUUUGGAUUACAGGAAGGAUUUAUUGUAAUUGUGUGGAGUACAGGAAAAGCUCACACAAGCUUUGUGUCCUAGAAACACUGUUUUGGACCACAUAACAGAAAUACCUACAGGUGUCAUAGACACACAGGGUCAAGUCUGCAGUUUUAAACUUCGUUUAUUGAAAAUAAAAAGAUGUCCAUGGAUUCAUGUAUAGGAAUCCCUUCAAGAUAAGAAAAGUUGCAGUAAUUACAUGAACAGGUAGUCUGCAUCAUUGUGUUACAUUCUGUGUUGUUUUUAUGAAUCCUGUUGCUAUGGACUGCUUCGUAACAUUGUAUAUGUAGAUUGAUCCAUUGAAAUCAAAAGCAGUGAUAUAAGGGUUUGUCUUGUAAUUGCCUUACCCUCUUCACAUAUAUUUGAAAAGGUCCUUUAAACAAAUACAGAUGUAGUAUGAAGGUCACAUGUAAAAGACACAUUUCACAAAUAAUUACAGGAAUAUUUGUUAUCGUUCUUAGGACAAAAUUUGAAAUGGAAUUAUGUUCAUUAUUCAUAUUAAGAAUCAGGACACAUUUAUCAUGUACAAAUUCAUUAAAUGACCAUUAUCAUGUA